UGCGCGCAUAUGCAUGAAACGGAACGUGUUCCUGUCACGUGUGUGUUGAUACAGUGACACUUGUAGUUAAAAAACGUACAAAAUGGGACAAAAGAGGAAGAAGCGCGAUGACAGUGAAUACGAAUAUGAUCCAGCGCCAAGCCAUUUGCAAAUAGGACAUAUCAAGAAUCAAGAGAAACGUCUUGUUGUUGUCUUGGAGAGUGCUCAACUUGAAUCUGUAAAAGUUGGAAGCACUUUUGAACUGUUAAACUGCGAUGAUCACGCAAAUAUUCUAAAGAAAAACAAUCGUGAUCCUGGAACAUGUAGACCAGACAUUACUCAUCAGUGUUUGUUAAUGCUGAUGGACAGUCCAUUAAACAGAGCUGGUUUGUUACAAGUUUAUGUACAUACAGAAAAAAAUGUAUUGAUAGAAAUCAAUCCUCAAACUAGGAUACCUAGGACAUUUAAACGAUUUGCUGGAUUGAUAGUACAACUUUUACAUAAAUACAGCGUUAGAGCAUCCGAUGGUCCAAUGAAGCUUCUGAAAGUAAUUAAAAAUCCAGUGUCCGAUCAUUUGCCAGUCGGUUGUCGUAAAAUACUGAUGUCUUUCAGUGCAAAUAAAGUGAUAAAUCCACGUGAGAUUGUACCUCCCGAAGAUCCAAUUACUAUUGUUGUUGGUGCUAUGGCACAUGGCCAAGUCAAAACUGAUUAUACAGAAGACACCUUCUCGAUUAGUAAUUAUCCUCUGUCAGGAGCUGUUACAUGUAGCAAGUUAUGCACAGCAUUUGAGGAAGUUUGGGGAGUUCUCUAAUACGAUGCUACAUGCGUUUUAUACACAUAGUAAAAUAUGUGUAUAUAUAUUUGCUUAUAAAUUAUAUCGAUUAUAUGUAUACAUGUAUAAGCAAGUUUAUGUACGCGUUAAUUUGUAAAAUAUACUCUGUUCCGAGAACUGACAAAUAUAAGAACAAUGAAAGAAAAAUUUAUUAUUUUU